UUCCCACUGGCAGAUUGCUGAACCUGGUGGUGAGGUCAGACAUUGACCAAACCAUGAUCCACAUGCAGAAGGCCAUUGCAGUCGACAUCUCCUGCGUCCAGGCCUACGACACCAUCGCAUCCAUUGAGAUGCAGAGAGGACACACUGCCAGAGCCAUGGAGCUGUAUGAGAAGGCAGUGCGCUACUCUCGUAACCAGGUGGAGAUGACGCAGGCCUACGUGGCCCAGAAAGUGUUCUCCAUGCAGGACAGAGUGUGCAAGGAGUACGGAGUGUCCAUCCAGCAGCUAGCAGCGCGCUCAGCUGCUUCAAUGACACCCCCCGGGGCACCAAACAUGUAGCCGAAUAAUUUAUGUGUGCGUGUAUGCUCACGUGUAGCCGUUAUAUAAUGCAGAAUACCAGUCUGUUCCCUUAGUAUUGUACAUGUUGUAUACUUGUUGUUAUGUGAGCAAACAAGCAAU